AUGAGCGCAUGCCUAAUUUUUUUUGCCCUUCUGAAUUCAUGCUUCCUUCAGAUAGUUAUUGAAGACAGCGACGAAAAAGCCAUGGUGCAGCAGGUGGAUGAUUUGUGCCGCAUGCGGAUGCUGAUGGCCGGCGUGUAUGUCGGGCUCGGCAUUUCUUCCACGUACGGAUUCAGCAUCUUCACGGAUCAUCUGAAGACGAAGUACGGGUAUUCGCAAAGCGAAGUCACGACAAUCAGCACUGUCGGCACCUGUUUGAACUACUUCAGCUUUCAGGCUGGACUGAUGUUUGACUUGGUGGGCCCCACUGCCGUGUUUCCGAUUGCUGGCCUUCUGGGUGGCCUGGGCUUCUUAUUGUUUGGGUUGACCUUUGACGGCACGAUAAAAACCUCGAGCGUGGGCCUGUUUGCCCUGUAUCAGGGGAUCACCCACCUUGGCCUCCCGGCGAUGGACGUGUCCGCUGUCAUGACUCUGAUGCUACAGUUCCCCUUGGAUCGCGGCUACAUUGUUAUGAUCAUGAAGGUGUUCAACGGGCUUGGCACCGCGGUGCUGAUGGCGUACUUCAACGGCUGGUUCAAGGCGGCUAACUCCGAAGACCCGGAGGACAACAACUACUCCGCCUACGCGUACUUUGUUGGGGCGCAGAUUCUGUUGUGCGCCCUCGUUGGCGCGUACUUCACGCGGAUGCCGGCGUACUUCCCGUGCGUGUGGAGAAGGAGCCGUCUGAGCGCCGAGGAGCUCGCGGGGCGGGAGAAGACGCUUGACCUGUACAUGAGCCAGCAUGCCCCCUCGCGGCGUCUAAAGAUCGGUUUUGCGCUUGUCAUCGCCAUGAUGAUUUUCUCCACCGCGCAGUCGAUUGCGACGGCGUACGUGAAGACGUCCCACGCGGGGUACUUGGCGAUUUCCAUCGUGGCGCUGCUGCUGAUGGCGUCGUUCUCUGCGAUGGCGAUGCCGUUCCAAUUCCUGGGCCGCUACACCCCCGUGAGUGCAACGGAUAUGGACUGUAUCGGAGAAGCGGCCACGGAGUCGUCACCGUUGGGCGACGCCGUUGGUAAGGGCUCUGAGGUUGAAAGUGGCAAGCACUGCACGAAUGAGGUGGCUAGCCAGGCACCGCAGUACGAUGGUUCCUUCUGGGCCCAUCUGCUCUCCAUUGAUAUGUGGGCAAUGUGGUUUUCUUGCUUUGGCAUGUGGGGCACCGGCACGGUGAUGCAGAUGAACGCCGCCCAGAUUUAUCGCAGCAAGAACUACGGUGGGUUUGACACCCGAACUCUGACGCUGUACGUCGCCAUCAUGUCUGUGGGCAGCGCCAUAGGACGCAUCUUCAUUGGGGUGUUCGAUAUCAGACUUGGUGUGCUGCGCAAUGCGGGCAAAACAAACCUGCUGACGACUGUUGUGCUUCCGUUGGGCCCCCUGCUGAUGGUGGUGGCGUUCCUCUUCUUUGCCGUUCUGCCCGGGAGCGUGUUACUGCUGCCGUUUUUGCUUGCCUCCAUAGGGAACGGCAUUGGCUGGGCGGUGGCCGUCAUUGGUGUUCGGAUGAUGUACUCUCGUGACAUUGGGAAGCACUACAACUUUAUGUACACCUCUGGGGCUGCCGCGACCAUCGCUCUGAACCGCUUCAUGUUCGGGGAGAUGUACGAUGCUGAGGCGCGCAAGCGUGGCAAUUCCACCUCGUGCAACGAACCUGGGUGUGUGCGAAACCAGAUGUUUAUCCUGAUGGCCGUCAACGUGCUCAGCACGUGCACCGCUGUGGUGGUGCACUGGCGGUUUUCUCGCUUCACUCAGGCGAAGCUGGAGGAACAGAGGGCGGCGGUUCCUCAAGAGCAAUGUGAGCAGGACGUGAUCGAGGCGAAUUCAGCUGAGCCGAUUCCCGGGGGCGAUCAUAUGCGCUCGUAG